GUUGGUGUCAACAGUCCAAGCCACCAUGGCAACGGUGUCGGGGAUCACGGUUGUCCUUAACUGCAAGAACGUGGUGUACGACAGGCACUGGCUGGCCGUAGAGUACAUCUGGGUCCUCGUUCCCUACAUGACCUACGACAUUUACGUCAUGUACCUCUGCCACUGGCACAAGAGCCGGGACAGGGGAAUCGCGGAGAAGAAGCACUCGCUGGCCAGCGUGCGGAGCUUCCUCCUGCAGGAGCGGCUGAUGGUGACCCACCACCUCUUCAUCCUCGUCGUGCUCACCCCCAUCACCCAGCACUUCAGGGGAGAGCUGGGGGACUUCUUCGUGGGCUGCAUCUUCAUAGCGGAGCUGAGCACGCCUUUCGUAUCACUGGGCAAAAUCCUCAUGCAGGUAGGUGAGGAGGGAACGGGGCUCGA